CUUAUGAAAAUGUAAUCUCACAAUUUAUCUGCUUAGUUGUUAUUCAUUGUUAUACCCAAGUUAAUUUACUUCACGAGUACCUAAAUAAACACGACCAUUACAUUUAUUGAUUUACCCGGAUGCGAUCGUGAUCACAAAUAAUGCCAGCAUAAUAUUAUGCCUCAAUAAUUCUAUUGUAGUGUCGUUCGAAAGAGUAAAGGUCGAGGUCACCGAGUGUCAUCCUCUCGGUCAUUUUCCCUGCGAGCGAGGCGGCGCGGCGGCGAGGCGCAUCCGGCCCGCACUGACUCACGACGAGCCUUAUCAGCUAUCGCGGCCGAGACUGAAUCCGAUUAAACUAUCCCGUCACUUCUAAGCUCAACAUUUUAUAUGAGUGUUUAUUAUAGCCAGGUGAGUGUGGGAGCUGCGGCGGCGGCGGCGGCGCGCGGAGACCAGACAGACGAGCGCCGGCCGCCGCGCCUCCCUGACGCUGCCAUGGCUGUCCGCGCCGCGCUGCUGCCCGCUGCUCUCUUGGUGUUGAUACACGCAACACUUGUCAAUAGUGUUCUCUCGGAACCUUGCACCCUGGACGGCCUGCACGCUGACUACGACACGGAGUGCCGCGAGUACUACCGGUGCGCGGGCGGCGUGCGGACGGCGCGCUACGCGUGUCCCGCGGGGCGCGCCUUCAGCCCCGCCGAGGGCGCGUGCGUGCCGCGCGGCCGCCAGCCCUGCGUGCGCCGCCGCUGCGCCCCCGGCGACCAGCGGGCCUACGCCGCGCCCGGCACCGCCUGCCGCCACUACUACCGCUGCCACAACGGCUCCAGCGAGGAGCGCGCGUGCCCGCCCGGUGCGUGGUUCGACCUGGAGCGCCAGGCGUGCUCGCGCGGCGCGGGGACGUGCUUCGAGCCGCUGUGCGCCGGCCUGCCCGACGGCGACUACCCGGACGCCUCGCACGAAUGCCGGCGCCGCCUGCGCUGCCGCGGCGGCGAGCUGCGCGCCGUGCUGUCGUGCGGCGGCGAGCCCUGCGCCGCGCGCUGCCCCGCGCCGCGCUCCGCCGCCGCGCCGCUGCCCGUGGGCGACGCUACUUCCUGCGCGGACGCGGCGUGCGCGUCGCUGUGCGCGGCCGUGGCGGACGGCGCGCACGCGGACCACUCCACGGGGUGCCGCGAGUACUUCGUGUGCGCGGCGGGGCGCGUGGUGCAGCGCGGCGUGUGCGAGGCGGGCAUGCUGUUCGCGGCGGGCGGGUGCCGGGCGGCGGCGCGCGCGUCCUGCCCCCCACCCGCGCGUUCGCCGUGCUACGGGCUGACGGACGGGCGGCACCGGGACUGGCGCGACUGUGCGUCGUGGUUCGAGUGCCGGCGCGAGCGCGUGGCGGCGCGCGGCGCGUGCCCCGGCGGGCAGGUGUUCGCGGACGGCGGCUGCGCGGACGCGGCGCGCGUGCCGUGCGAGCCGCCGCGCGCCGCCGCCGAGUGCGCCAUGCGGCCCAGCGGCUUGUACCAGCACCUGGAGUCCAACUGCUCGCGCUACUUCCACUGCGCGGGCGGGCGGCGCACGCUGCUGGGCUGCGGCGCGGGGCGCGUGUUCGACGGCGCGCGCUGCGUGGCGGCGGGGAGCUACGUGUGCCCGAGCCAGGAACGGGACUCGUGCUGGCGCCGCGCGGACGGGCGGUACCGCGCGGCGGACGCGGGCUGCCGCGGCUACUACGCGUGCGCGGCGGGCGACAAGGCGCUGUUCGCGUGCGCUCCGGGGCAGGUGUUCACCGGCGAGCAGUGCGCCCCCGCCCCCGCCCCCGCGCCCGCCGCCUGCCGCGAGCGCGACCAGGCCUGCGCCGUCCUCGCCGACGGCUACCAUCCCGAGUUCCAGUCCAACUGUCGCAGGUACUUCUACUGCGAGGGCGGCGACCACCUCGCGACGUUAUCCUGCAACGGGGGGCGAAUCUUCGACGGUCGCUCGUGCGUGGAGCCCGCGCUGCACCGGUGUGGGGCUCCCCCCCGCGGUUCCCUGGGGGGCGAGGGGGGGGCGUGCCCCGCCGACGGCUUCUACCUACAACCAGGGACGGACUGCAAAAGCUACUACUUCUGCCUUGAAGGCGUCAAGACCUACCUGACGUGCCCCGACGACCAAGCCUUCAACGGCCAAGUUUGUGUUCCAAGAAGGUCGUACACCUGCCCUGGCUGAGAAGAGGAAGACUAGAAGUUGGUCGUUUUCUGAGCAUUUCGGAGCUAUUUCGGCGCGACGGUCGCUCGCUCUAGGGCUGUGCAAUACCAGUGAUUGUGGUGAAAUUGUGACGAUUAUUUUUGCAUAAGUAGCAGGUAUUUAUUAGUGACUUUCUAAGUAGAUAAGGUUUAGAUACGUGAUGGUGUACUAAAAAAACAGUGCUCAUUUCUUAAAUUAUUUUUAUUGGCAUAGAAAUCUUUAAGCGAACUAUGUAUAGUAUUUUAGAUAAUUACAGUGACUAUAUCUUACAGUAUUAUUUUACAAACAAAAAAGCUCCAUAAAUAAAAAAAUAUAUUUCUUUUAUCUUAAUAACAAAAGGAAUAAUUCGAAUACAAAGUAUCAAGUUACUGUUCAUAUUUGAAUUAAAUUUAUACUGGACCUUAUAAAUGUGAAAUUAAGGCUUUUUUUCGGGGACCGUUUGUUUCGUUGCUUUAAUAUUUCUUCAAAAUAUGAACAGAAACUUUAUCAUACAUUAUAAUAAUAAAAUAAUUUUAUUUGGUGACAGUAUUGGUCUACCUUAACAUAACGAUGACUGUAGCAUUAAAAUACCCAUCGAGCAUAAGUAAUAUAGUAAAAUUAUGAUUCUACGUUAACCAAGUACGUAUUAAUGAUUAGGUACAUUAAUAUUUAAUGUUUGGCAAAACACUUAAGUAAAAGCACAACAAUUAGUUUUUAUUUUAAGUAUAUUAUUUCAUUUUAAAUAUGAAUAACGACAUUAAAUACCUACAAAAACUGCGUGACGCUUGUUUCAGACACUGUGGAUUUAGAUUUAAAAAAAAUGGAUUAGUUAAAUUAAUGUGUUUUUGUAAUUGAUUUUUAUAUAAUUUACACACUAGUAAUGUUAACAUUUUUUUGGUCCACACCGUUAAAGUUACUCAGUGUUUUUCUUCGUUACAAUAAAAUAAGGUUCCUUUUUUUUUCUUAUCAAUUAGUAUGUCUUUACACUCAGUAUCCGUAAUAAACCGUGUGAGAUACAAAUAUAUCUUGAAUAGCUAAAAUAAGCUGAGCUAUAAAUAGCCCAUAGCAUA